AUGGCUGAAAGUCAGGCUCUUCCAUCUGAUGUUCGGAACUGGACGGUUGAAAAUGUUCAGACAUGGUUAUUAUUGAUGAAAGAACAAUAUUCGUUGUUAGACUUAAACGUAAAUGAUUUUAGAUUUAAUGGUUUAGCUUUGCUUCGUAGAAUGGAAAAACAAUUUGAAUCAAUAAAUGAACCAGGGCAUCUAUUAGUAAUACGUUCAUUAUUGUCAGAUUUGACUAAACCACAAACAACUAAGAAAAAAGUUAAGAGAACAAGUUUACCAGCAAUAUCAGGAUCCGAUUGGACUUCAUCAACGCUAGACCACUUCAGUAUUACAUUUAUGAACAAAACCACACUUCAAGAUUUUGCACCUGAACUUGUAAAAUAUGGUUUAUCGACACGUGCAAAAACGUUAAUAGGUGAUUGUGAAACUAUCAAUCUAGUCGAAAUUUCUAGAAACGAACAUGUCAAACGAAGUCAUCAAGAUCAGCAUUUAUUUAAAUUACUAUGUUUAGUUCAGACUGAGUAUCACAAUUUAGAAAGUGUUGUUGAUGAUUUAAUGAUUGCUUUACUUGGGUAUUUGGGCUUCAAUGAUAAUAAUCUAUUAGUAAUGUGA